GGAAGCACAGUUGCCCUGCCAGCUUUGUGGAAGGAAGGGCCACCUGGGAAGGAACUGCCCCCAGCAGAUGCGCCGGAAGCAGCGGCGAUGGCAGCAGAACCUGGCGCCGUGGCGGCUCUUCGAAAUGGUGCUGCCGGUGCGCCCUGGGACGCAGCAGUUGUGCGCAAUUCUCGUAGCGACCUCGGAGCAAGCUGCCUUGGGCCGCGUGCGUGCCGAAGCCGGCGAAGCGGCCGGCGGUGCUGCGAGUGGGAAGGUGUCAGCCUCCAAGAUGUUCGAAGCUUGGACAUGGGUGCCAAGUGUUGAGGAUGUGGAUGCUACUGUGGACACAGCUCAGGACCUGGAACUUCAAGCAGCCUUGUUGGCAUCCUUGGAAGCGCCCGAGGCAGUCUCACAUCCCGUGCAGGAGCUAAUCGCAGAGAAGAAAUGUUCGAAAGCCUCCAAGACCAAGAAGCACGGUGUGGAGAGCGCCAAGAGCGGCAAGAGCGAUGACCUUGAGGUGGCUGAAGCGAUUGCUCACUUGGCGUUGGGGCGUCCAGGGAAGAAGGUGACCAUGAACGAGCUCAAUCAGGAGAUGUUAGAACGAGUAUGGGUUAUG